UCCUUUGGAUUCGCUUCUUCAUUCACACCCCUUCUCUCUGUUCUUCUGCCCCUUAAUCCUCACUCUUCUCUGCUCACUAUUUUCUAAGGCUGAAAAAUAUCUUACCCUCUUUGUAACUUCACAAAAUUCUUGUAACAGAUUGAUCUUUUGCUCUUAAAAAUCUCAGCUUUGUAUAAUUUGAGCUUCAUUCUUUUAAUGGGUUUUGCUAAAAUCUAGCAAUAAAGUCAACUCAUGCAGAAUUUUCCAGCAAUAUUCUUAUAAACUUCAUCUUGUUAAUCCUCACUCUAGUCUGUCAGUUUCUACUAUCUUACAUUGCCACUAUUUCUUAGGCCAAGAAAAUAUCUCUCUUCUUUGUAACUUCACAGAAUUUGCUCUGAAAAAUCUCACCUUUAUGCAAUUUAAUGGGCGUUGCUAAAUUCUAGCAAUGAAGUCAAUUCCUACAUAUAGCAACAUUCUUGUAUGGUUCAUACUAUUGUUCUGUUUUUGCAGUAGUAAUAAGUCAAUAUUUGCUAUAACUGAGUUUGACUUUGGAACAUUAACUCUGAGUAAUUUGAAGCUUCUUGGAGAUGCACAUUUGGGUGACAACAACAGUGUUCAGUUAACACGUGAUCUUGCCGUGCCAAAUUCCGGUGCCGGAAAAGCUUUAUAUUCAAAGCCAGUAAGAUUCCGGCAGCCGGGUCUUGAUUUCCCGGCGAGUUUCUCUACAUUCUUUUCAUUUUCAGUGACUAAUUUGAACCCAUCGUCUAUUGGUGGCGGUCUUGCUUUUGUACUCACUCCUAAUGAUGAGUCAGUAGGUGAUGCUGGUGGGUAUAUGGGAAUCUUGGAUUCUAAAGGCACACAAAGUGGUACAAUUUCAGUUGAAUUUGACACCCUUAUGGAUGUUGAGUUUAAGGAUAUUAAUGGAAAUCAUGUUGGUUUGGAUCUGAAUUCAAUGGUUUCAACUCAAGUUGGUGAUUUGGAAUCUAUUGGUGUUGAUCUCAAGAGUGGUGAUAUAGUCAAUUCUUGGAUUGAAUAUUCUGGUUCUACUGCAGAGUUGAAUGUGUUUGUAUCAUACUCUAAUUUAAAACCAAAGGAACCAUUUUUGUCUGUUGUUCUGAAUAUUGCUGAGUAUGUAAAUGAUUUCAUGUUUGUUGGGUUUUCUGGUUCAACUCAAGGGAGUACUGAGAUUCAUAGUAUUGAGUGGUGGAGUUUUAGUUCAUCAUUUGAUGCAAGUCCUAAGUCGGCGGCCGCGGCUGCGCCACCACCGCCAACGGCUAGUUUGAUGAAUCCCACGGCGGACUCCGUCACGUCGCGGCCGCCUUCUAUGGCUCCUUCAGAGUCUAAUAGUAGUGCAAGUAUAAUGCAAGACAAGAGCAGUGGGAAAUGUCAUAGCAAUUUUUGUAAACAAGGUCCUGGAGCUGUUGUUGGUGUGGUGACCGCUAGUGCAUUUUUUCUUGCAUUUGCUACAUUGGUACUUAUUUGGUUAUACACCAAAAAGUUCAAGAAAGUGAAAAAUUCUGAAUUUUUGGCAUCUGAUGUUAUCAAAAUGCCUAAGGAGUUUAGCUACAAAGAGCUUAAAUUGGCUACAAAAGGCUUUGAUUCGACGAGGAUUAUAGGCCACGGUGCAUUUGGGACAGUUUACAAGGGCAUCUUAUCGGACAAUGGUGGCAUUGUGGCAGUCAAGAGAUGUAGUCAUAACGGACAAGGGAAAGCGGAGUUCUUAUCUGAAUUAUCUAUAAUUGGAACACUUAGGCACAGAAAUCUUGUUAGACUUCAAGGAUGGUGCCAUGAGAAAGGUGAAAUUCUGUUAGUCUAUGAUCUUAUGCCUAAUGGGAGUCUUGAUAAGGCAUUAUUUGAAUCAAGAAUGAUUCUACCUUGGCUACAUAGGAGGAAAAUUUUGCUAGGUGUUGCUUCAGCCUUGGCAUAUUUACAUCAAGAAUGUGAAAAUCAGGUGAUUCAUAGGGAUAUAAAGAGUAGUAACAUUAUGUUGGAUGAAGGGUUCAAUGCAAGAUUAGGUGAUUUUGGAUUAGCAAGACAAGUUGAACAUGAUAAGUCACCCGAUGCAACGGUAGCAGCCGGGACAAUGGGCUACUUAGCUCCUGAAUACUUAUUAACCGGAAGAGCAACCGAAAAAACUGAUGUUUUUAGCUAUGGAGCAGUGGUUCUUGAAGUGGCAAGUGGAAGGAGGCCAAUUGAGAGGGAAACAACAAGAGUUGAGAAAGUUGGAGUGAAUAGUAACUUGGUUGAAUGGGUUUGGGGGUUACAUAGAGAAGGGAAUUUGCUAAUGGCAGCUGAUUCAAGACUUUGUGAUGAGUUUGAUGAAGCAGAGAUGAGAAGGGUUCUAAUGGUUGGGUUAGCUUGUUCACAUCCUGACCCUAUGGUUAGACCAACAAUGAGAAGUGUGGUUCAAAUGCUAGUUGGUGAAACUGAAGUUCCUAUUGUCCCAAGAACUAAGCCUUGUAUGAGUUUUAGCACAUCACAUCUUCUAAUGACUUUGCAAGAUAGUGUUUCUGAUUUGAAUGGUAUGAUCACACUUUCCACUUCAUCAUCUGAAAAUAGCUUCACUGGUGUUGGCAAUAGCAUGGACUUGGUCUAAUUCAUGUCAAGAAAAGAGCAUCAACUUUUAGUUAAAACUUUUUUGUUUUGUUCAUAAUUAAAUUGAUCAUUAAUUUAAUUCCUAUUAUAUUUGUACCAAAUAAGCUUAAAAUAUUAUGUAUCUUUUUCCUUUUGCUUUCAUAUACUCUAGUCCAUUGAGUGUAAGAUACAGGAAUUUAGUGAAAAAGAUAAUAUAAAGUCUUUUUCUUGGUUU